CUUUCUCUCUCUUCUUUCCUCAACUCCAAUUUUUUUCUUCCUUUCUAUCUCUUCUAUUUACCUCUCUCACUCGUCGUUUUGUAUCCUGGCCCACCAUCUUAUUUUUCUCUCUCCUCAUGUUUUUUUAACUGUUUUUAAAAAUCCUUAUUUUUCUUAAUAAUUUAUUUUUAUUUUUUUUUGUGUUGUAAAAUUACCGUUGUAUCCAGAAAAGGCAUUUGUCUGACGCAAUUAUUCUUCCUUUAAAACCCUCUAAAAAUAGUGAAUUACAAUUAUACCCUUGUAAAAUAGCUGUAAAUAGAGAGCAUAAACGGACGGUGAGGAUGAAUCACACAAGCCGUAGUGCUGCAACAGCCACACGAAAGCGCAAAGAUAGAGGAGAGAUAGAGAAUUCCUCAUUUUAUAAUCACAAGGCUAAUUACGGGAACUCACACAAACCUCUUUUAUCAUCAAUAUCUGGUAGUAACAGUACGACGUCGUUAUUGUCAUCAACAUCAAGGAUGGUUGAACCGGGUUUAAAUUCAAAUAUUCCUAAUUCGUCAAACCGUCUAUUAGCCGGGUACAUGGCUCAUGAAUUUUUAACUAAGGGGACUUUAUUUGGGCAGAAGUUUGACCCGGCUCGAGCCGAAGCUCUUCCUGUAUCAGCCGCUGAGCCGAAGAGAAAAGCACCCAUAGAACCGGGUUCGAUUAAAUCGAAUCGGAGUUAUGCUGACGUAGCGCAACUGCUCAAGGCAGAUGGGACCCAUAUCCCAGGUAUCGUUAACCCUACACAACUUGCUCGGUGGAUCCAGAUGUGACCCGAUGUAAACCCGGAAAUCUGAAUAAUUUAAUUCGGGUUUCCACGUGGAGGAUUCUCUUUCGUCUGUCAUUAAAUUGAAACACACAACCAGGUUAGCGAAUUUUAAAUUAUAAAAAACCCCUCAAAACCGUAUUUCUUUGAGAAUGAAACUACUCGAGGGGAUAUACCGGUUUGUUUUUCUUCCACACUUCAAUGUUGAUGUAUUUGGAAGAGAAAUGUAGUGGUUUACCUUUUAUUUGAAAAUUUAUUUUGUUAUUUUUGCUAAUGGAAAAUUUAUAAAUUAUAAUGCGACUGAAUGUAAAUGUAGAUGUAAUAUUAGUAUGUAAUGCUAUUGCAAAUUUGCAAUUAAGGUUUGGUUUAAGUUUUUAGUUACUGAAUAUUAUCUGGGCUUAAUAUUUUAGUGAUAUUUAUGUUCUAAUGGAUCGUGAUUGGUUAAUGCAUGUGGAUUUCAUAUUUUAUAAUGUAGUUAUGGUGAAAAAAUGAAUGCUACAUGCAUGUGGUAUGACAUUUUGAUGAAUACGCUAUUUUAAAUUGUAGAUUUAUAGGUUAUAAAAAUUAGAUGAUUUAUGAUAGACGAAGGUUUUUUUAGUGUGAUAAUUUGCAAAAUCAAUGAAUAAUUGCUGAGUCUUGGGUUCUUAUAGAAUGCCAUGACCAUAUGUGAUUGUGGUAUUGAUUACUUGAUUUGGAUGCAUCAGGAACGAAUCCUAAGUGAUUGUGCUGGAUUUAGUAUACUUUUAUGGUAUACACUAAACGGUCACUUGUAUUGUGUAUAAGCCCGGACACCGUGAGGCAUGCCUUAUACUUUGGUUAAAUACGCCAAUAAUAAAAACUUUUAGCUUAUAGGCUUCAUGUUUUAAGGUCGUCUCACCGUGAGACGAUCUUAUAGAAGACGGCUGGUAUGUACUCCCUCCUAUUCAUAGAUAAAGGGACAAACUCUCGUUUUUCUCAAAGGGCAUUGAUAUUUAUAUGUCGUUGUGUUCUUAUAAUAAGGGUAAAAUGGUAAAAAAAAAUGACAAAUAGAAAUUGAACAUAAUUAAUAAAUUGACCCAAUAAGAAAAUGUACCUAAAUUAAUAAAUGGGAGGAAGUAUUAUAUAUAUUGUUAUAUUGCCUUUAUUCCAUUUUUGAUAAUGUCAUGGGAUUAAACAACCCCAACAGUAUUUGAUGGAAUUUACCUUAACCAAGGCCCAAAAGCGAAAUGAUUCAUAUGCAUUAGUUGGGAUUAUGAAGGACCAUUUUUGAAGCAAAGAACUAUCCAUCAACCAUAUGGCACUGAUGUUACAAAGCCUAUCCAACCAUAUUGGAAUAUUAUAAAUACCCUCAUUGCCAUAUCUCGGUGGAGAAUGUUAGAAUUUUAUCUUCCCUCAUUGAUGUAUUUAAUAGCAGAGUUUUUUUGAUGUAUUUAAUGGCAAGUUCACAUUGAAUAUCUUGGGGGAGAAAAUUGUGUUUUAUCUUAUCUUGUUGAUAAAAGGGCCCGCUGAUGAAAAACUAUGUAGGGCAGGUUUAGCAAGAGUUCAAGCCAUGCACCUACAGUAUGACCCAUUGAGAUCGAUGCUAGAAGGGAUUGAUGAUGAAACAUGCUUCAAAGCCUUAAGCUUAAGGAAGGUUCUAGAUGAACCAAAUAUCUAUGCCCCUAAGGAAACAUUAAAAGGGGAAAUAUUACGAGCUCAUGAAUUUGUAAAAGAGGAAAGAAUCACGCCUCCUUCGGUAGAUCUUUAACCACUUUCUCUAUCAUUAAAAUAUGCAUAUUUAGGUGAAAAAAAAUUUAUCCAAACUAAAAAAAUACCCAACUUGACCAUUUAAUCGUAUGAUUAAAAAUUUCAAAAGUGUUCUAGGAUAUUAAAUUGAUGACAUUACCGAUAGUCCGGUAUAAUUCCAUCUUUUUGCAUGCAUAGAAUAUUUCAUAAUAAUGAUCAUGCACAUGUAUAGAACCUCAAAGAUUGAAUCCUAACAUACGAAAGGAGGUUCAAAAAUUACUUGUUACAAGCAUAAUAUGCCCUAUCUCGAUAGUAACUGGGUUAGCCUCGUGCAUGUAGUGCCCAAAAGGGUAGCAUGACUGUCUUUAAGAAUUAUAAGGAGGAAUUUAUAUCUAUUAGGAUAGUUGCGAGUUGGAGAAUGUGCCUAGACGAUUAGAAAAUUAUACGAAGCAACCCUCAAAAACCAUUUCCGUAACUUUUCAUAGACCUGAUGUUGGAACAUUUGGCAAAUCAUUCAUAUUUUUCUGAUCAGAUAGAUACUUUGAACUAUUCCUAUCCACUCUGAUGAUCAGGAAAAGACAUUCACCAAUCCCUAAGGGACCUUUGUAUACCGAAGGAUGCCAUUUGGUCUCUACAAUGCACCAUCACGUUUAAUGAUGCAUGAUGGUUAUUUUUUUGAUUUCGUGGAAGUAUUAUGGAUGAUUUUUCUGUAUAAGAGACAUCUUUUGAGGCAUGAUUACACAACCUCAAAAAGGUGCUCCGUAGGUGCAAAGAUACUAUCUCACUCUAAACUAGGAAAAAUGUCAUUUCAUGGUACUACAAUGUGGUUUUAGGUCAUGUCAUUUCUAGUAGGGGCAUUAAGGUGGAUAUGGUGAAGGUUGAGGUUAUAGAGCGUUUGCCUCCUACACCGAUGUUAAGGGAGUAAAGAGCUUCCUUAGUCAAGACGAUUUUUAUCGGAGGUUCAUAAAGGAUUUCUCCUAAUUUGGUACACCUCUAAUCGAGCUUCUCGCUAAAAAUGCCAUGUUCUUGUUUACUAAUGAUCGUCUUAAGGAUUUAAACAUAUUGAAACAAGCUCUUAUCUCUACUCUUAUCAUCCAACCUGCAGACUGGAGCCUCUCCUUUGAAAUCAUGUGUGAUGCAAGCAAUUAUGUUGUGGGGGUUGUUUUGGGUCAAAGGAAGGAUAGAAAGUUGCAUGCCAUCUAUUAUGCAAACAAGACAUUAAACCCAGCUCAGAUGUACUAUGUAACAACGAGAAAGGAGCUUUUGGCAGUAGUGUUUGUUAUAAAGAAGUUUAGGUUUUACCUAUUAGGUUUAAAUGUUAUUAGCACUGAUCAUACAACUUUGAGAUACCUAAUGACCAUAAAAGAGUUUAAGCCUCCCCUGGUUCGGUGAAUUGUAUUGUAUCAAGAGUUUGAUUUAGAAGUUAAAGAUAAGAAGGGUACGGAGAAUGUUGUUUCGGACCAUUUAUGGUGUCUAAUCUAUGAUGAUGGAACAGGUUUGGAAGCUUCAAUUGAUGACUCAUUUCAAAUGAGUACCUAUAAGUAGUAAGUAUGUCAAGUGUUUCAUGGUAAGCUUAUUAAACUAACUAUUUGGCAAGUGGAAUCAUUCCAGAUAGAUACUCAUCUCAACAAAAGAAAAAGUUUUUGUAUAAUGUUAAGAGACAUAUUUAGGAGGACCCACUUCUUUAUAGAUUAUGUGUUGAUGGCGUAAUAAGAAGAAGUGUUCCACAAGAAGAAAUUCCCUUCAUUAUCUCUCAUUGCCAUAAUUUUCCCUGUAGUGGUCAAGUUACUAUAUUAGUACCUUCAAAACCGUCGAAAAAAAUCCUUUAAGUGGGUUUUACUGGUCUUCCUUGAGAAGCAUGCUUAUAUUAUAUAUCAAAAAAAAAAGAAAUAUCUCAAGAAGGAAUGAAAUGUCAGUAAACGACAUUCUUGAAAUUUAAGAUUUUAACGUGUGGGGAGUGGAUUUCAAGGGAUCAUUCCCAUCUUCCUAGGGGAAUAGGUAUUUUUUGUUAGCGGUAGAUUACGUGUCAAAAGAUGUCCCGUAUAUAGAAAAAUCAUGUAUAAUACUUCCAUGAUAUCGGAAAAAAUAGCCAUUAUGCAUCAUUGGAAUGUGGCAGAGCAUUGUAGAGGCCAAAUGGCAUUCUUUGGUAUUCAAAGGUCUCAGAGGGACUGAUGAAUAUUCUCUUUUUAGUGAUCUCGAAAAUCCAGAGUAUCUAUUUAAAUAGCAAAAAUAUGAGUGGUUUGUCAAACGUUUUAAUAUCUAAUCUAUGAAACGUAAAGGGAAAUGGUCUUUACGUGUUGCUUUGUUCAAUUUUCUAUAGUAUAUGCACAUUCUCCAAUUCAUAGUGCCACUUGCACGAGGCUAGCCCACUUACUAUCUGAGAUAGGGCAGAUCAUGCUUGCUUCAAGUAAUUUCUGAACCUCCUUUCUCAUAACAUCUUUCAUGUUAAGAUUCAAUGUUCUUUGAAGUUCUAUACAUGUAGUAUGUGAUGUAUAAUCUAAAAGGUAAUCUAAAAGGGAUUAGAUUAACAAAAAGGGGCUUUCCAAAUGUUACAAGGUUUUGAAAAGGAAUGUGUUUGGUUUAGAAGGUCUAGGUAUGAAAUUAGAAUGAUUUUAAGGGAUUUAUGUGGGUAUAAUGUCGAAUGGGAAAGAUUGUUUUGGCUUUGACAGAGGUUUCAAGAUUUUUAAACAGGAUUUUCAAGGUUUUGAAACACAUUUCAAAGGACUGUUUUUCUGAUUUUUUUUAUAUUACGAAAAUAAAAGAACAAAUUAGGAACACUCACUACAUUGUCAUGAUUCAAGGAUAUGCAAGUAAGGAACACUCACUUAAUAUUGCUAAAGUGUAUUCUAAAUUUGAGGAACACUCACUCAAAUUAAUUAUACAAAUUAGUAUGUUUGAAACUCUCACAAAUUCACUAAUUUCUUCAACGAUGAGAAAUUAACCUCACUAUUGGAAAAAAUUCUAGAAAUAAAAUCCUUCACUUGAGUACAAAAAAUCAAGUAAUUACAUUAAACAUAAUCAGAAUUGUAAUAAACCCCUUUCGAAUUCUACUACAAGAAUUACAUUCUUCUUUAUUAAAGAAAACAAAACAUUCAUACUAAUAAAACCAUAAAAUUAAACACCUUAAAUUCCAACCAUAGAAAGAUAAUAAUUCGUCCCCUGUGAUGCUUGAGAUCCGAAAACUCUUGGUUGCCAUGGAAUGCUUCAAAUCUUUUGAUAUUCUUCUUGAAUUCUACCAUUAAAGAUGAACAUGAACCAACCAUAUUGAAGGGAAUGAAGGGCCGAAAUAAUUCAACCGUAAUGAAGGAAUAUUUCAACAAAUUACAAAGGAUGGAAAUAAUUCUGCUGUAGUUUGAUCUGUCUGCCAAGACCUUGAGAUACAAAUCAAAGCAAGACUCGUAAUGAAAGGACCAUGUAACUCGUAAAAAUCAAAUGAUGACUCUUCAAAGGAUUUAGCUACGAUUAUGUCUUUAAAAUGUUCCUAGACUGAUUUUACAUCAGUAUGAUCAUUAUCAAGAAAUAGUCUAUGCAUGCAAAACGAUCAAUCUUCUUUCACGUUCUAUAUAUGUAGUAUGAUCAUUAUCAAGAAAUAUUCUAUACAUGUAAAUAGAUGGAGUUAUACAGGCAAUGUUAUCAAUUGAAUACUCUAUAACACUUUUGAAAUAUUUAAUCAAUGCAAUUAAUUGGCCAAUUCUUUAGUUUGGAUAAGUUUCAUUUUCACCUAAAUAUGCAUAUUUAUUUGAUAGAGGAAGGGUUUGAGAUUUACUUGAGGAGGUGUGAAUCUCUCCUCUUUCACAACUUCAUGAGCUCGCAAUACUUCACCUUUUCAUGCUUCCUUAGGGGCAUCGACUUUUGGUUCAUCUAGAACCUUCCUUAAGCUUGUGGCUUUGAAGCAUCUUUUAUCAUGGAUCUCAAUGGGUCAUAAUAUUUUGGGUGCAUUACUUCAACUCUUGUCACUUUUUCCCUACAUAGUGAUUCAUAAGCGGGCCAUUUCAUCAACGAGGGAGGAUGAAACUCAACGUUCUCCUUAAUAUUCAGUGUUAGCUUGCAUGACUUCAAGUCUUGUAAGCUUUUGGAUUGUGAGACUCAUCUAAUUUUGCUAAAUUAGGUAAGCAAGUUAGACAAGAAAUAAGACACAUAAAUCUGAAAAAGAGUGAGAGAGACAAAGUAUUUUUUAAUCUAAAAUUCUAAUUUGGACAAUCUUCAUCAAGAGGUUCGAUGAAGGAGAAAAUGUGAUUAAAUUUGGCUUAUUUUUGAGUACGUCAUUGGCGUAUUUUUUAAUCUAAGGAAACUGAAUUUGGUGGUUCGAUAUGUU